AUGGUCAUGUUCCAGGCGGUCUCACCCACUAGGCUGCUCUAUUCAUCUUGCUCCUUGGAGAAGACUCUACAGUGCAACUGUUCCUUCCAUGGGAUCCCUACACCCUCUGUGCAGUGGUUGAUGGAAGGUGUUCCUGUGGAUGUGAACAGCACAGACAACAUCUUCCAGGUGACUUCCACCAUAAUUGGCCCCUGGACCAACAGCACCAUCAGCCUCAUAGGGGAGCCAGAAAUAGUCAUGAGUCUCCGCUGUGAGGGGAAGAACCAGUAUGGAACCCAUACUUCAAGCAUCUUCCUCCUACCAGAUAAACGUUCAGUUUACAGUGUGUUCGUGAAGGGGCUGAUCCAGGGCAUUGUGUAUGGAUCCAUUGCAUCGGCACUGUUCUUCUUCUUCCUUGUCCUCCUUGCGGACGUAGACAAGUGA